GUCUCUCUGUGCUUGUCUCGUACGUAGUACUGGCUCGGUGUGUACUUGUGUAGGACGCUCCGCCUACCGUUGCAUUUCUGAGGCUCGUACGUUUGGGUCUGAUCUCUUCCACGGAAUCGUCCUAAUUAACCACGUCGCUUGAUCCCCGGGAUGAACUCCUGUUUGAUCACUAGCUUCGGGGAGACGAAAUUGCCGGGAAAGUAGGGUGUUUGGGCGCUGAUCCCCUACCAUCUACCGUGUAGCACGUUUUUAUAUACCCGCCGGCGGGGAUGGUUCCGCUGGCAGGCGGCGUACCGGCUUACCGAGGGUAAGAAUGGUGGGGAGGCAGCACACGGCUACAAGACUGCGCUUUCUGACGAUUUGUGUUGCCCUGGUCGCCUCAACGUGGAAAACGUGCGAAGCUGUGUCCUGUAAACCCGGCUGUCACGACAUCUGGGGGUACUGUGAGGAGGAAGGGGAGUGCCUCUGCCAGCCGGGAUGGACAGGAGAGCUGUGCCAGGAGUGUGACCUGUUCCCGGGGUGCCAGCACGGCACGUGUCACCAGCCCUGGCAGUGUAACUGUGAGGACGGCUGGACAGGACGCUUCUGUGAGAAAGAGUUGGACCCGUGUGACAAGAAGCACCCUUGUCAGAACAACGGCACGUGUCUGGACCGGGAGGACGGCGGGUAUGUCUGCCUGUGCCCCCGGGGUUACAACGGCGUCGACUGCGAGGUCAGAGUCACCGACUGCUCGGCCAUUGCCUGUCUCAACGGCGGCAGCUGCAUUCUGACGCCAGCGGGAUUCCGGUGUCUGUGUCCGUACGGUUACACCGGGUCCCGCUGUGAGACGACUUUCCAGAUUAACGAGUGCGAGGAGGGGCCAUGUGAGAAUGGCGGCACCUGUGACGUCACUUCCGACGGCUUCAAGUGCCGCUGCAUGCCGGGAUUCACCGGCCCGAGAUGCGAAUCGCUCGUCAACGAAUGCCUCUCUAACCCUUGCCGGAAUGGGGGUCAUUGCCUGGACAGUAUCAACGCCUUUAUCUGCCGCUGCCCGCCGGGGUUUGUGGGGGAGCGGUGCGAGGUGGACGUGGAUGACUGUCUGACCCGGCCCUGCCUGAACGGAGCCACCUGCACGGACAUGAUCAACGACUUCCACUGCGCCUGCGCGCAGGGCUUCACGGGAAAACACUGCCACGUCAACGUCGACGACUGCGCGAGCCAGCCCUGUCAAAAUGGCGGCAGCUGCCAGGACGGCGUCGGCGAGUUCGCCUGCACGUGCGCGAUCGGCUUCAGCGGGGACCUGUGUCAGUCUGCAGACGACGACCACGUUUUGACACCCAAACCCAUACAAACAGGAAGAACAGUCGUGAAGGCACAGAACACCACGACGGAGAAAAUGUUACUGGUACACAUCUACGAGAAGGAAAAGACAGUCGAAGUGUCCCAAAACGCGCUGAAGGUUGUGAAACUGAUAUCGUACUGCGUGUUGGGCCUGACGAUCCCGUGUGUGGGGUUCAUGGUGGUUAUCCUGGUCAGGAGAGGCAGGAAAGGCUCCAUACAGCGGAGGGCUGAUGACGUCAACAACCUCAACAGAGACAUCGAGGCGCGCAUGCUCGUAGAGGAGCCACAGUCUCCCGAGAACAGACCGCAACCUGCAAAGGAAAUAAACGUCAACAGAGACUCCAUGUUGAUUUGAACAUCGCGCAACACCAUGUCGUGUAUACAUCACCACAGGUCCGAAAUGUAUAGCCUCAUAAGCCAUCACUUCUAUUCUGAUGCAUAGUCAAAACCAUCAAAAAAGAACAAGAUACACAUAUGAGAUUGUCGCGAAAACUCACACUGACUGAGAAGAGCUAAACCGGCAAGGAAAAAUAGGAUGGAGACAAGAAAAACUGUACUAGUAAGUCUAAAGCCAUGCUUUGCAGAGGACAAGACAAUGUUGAUGAUCCGUCUGUACAUUUCAAAUACUGUCACAGAAACUGGGUGGUUAUAUUUCAACAUCCUUCAAGAUCAUCGCACACACAUGCGCAACAAGCCACGUAUAAGAAGCAUUGCCACCCCUGAAGGACACUGGGAAAACAAAAUGGCGGACUCGAUUGCAAAGGUUGCCGGGAAGAGGAACACCCAUAUCGGAGGGUUGCCUUUUUUUACAUCAUCGAUUUAGCAUACAAACUUACAUAAAUAACGUUCUUUCAACAAUGUCAGCAUUGUCAGGGAACGCAUACAUUUGAUGGAGUUUAUUGGUAGUCUGUAUUGUUGAGUCAUCGUUUCUAACGCUUGCUCGUCUUUGAACAAUCACACGUUUGAGUGCAAUAGGAGUUUGUUCAAGAAACAAAUAGUCGGAUGAGCAGUCUUGAAUGCACCGGUUGGCGUUGUUUUAGUGCAUGCAUAGUGAGUGGAAAAAUCGGCCCAACGCUCUUCUGAAACCAAAGAGAAACAUAUCAUUUUCUCUAGUAGAGAGAUGUUGAGAAGUAGAGAAAAUGAUAAACAGUUUAUUUGUUUGAUGUAAAUACGUUGUUAAGUUAUUGAUUAUUCCAUAGGCAUCAUUCAUAAAUUUUACUCGGACAAUUCACGAUAUUUUUUGUCUUUAAGAUUAUUUAUUGUAUGAGAUUGUAAAAAUGUGAUGAUAUUUUGUCAGUACUUUGAAACUGAGUCACUGCCUGACUUGACCAUAUUGACCGUACUGCCACGAUCUUAAUUUAUUGUUAACGAGGAAUAUUCUGUACAUAAUUGGUGUUUGGUUAGCGGUAGUGUCGAGGAAAAUUCCCAAAGGGACAGAGGUUGUCAGACAAUGAUGUACAUAUUGGUGAUUUUGAAUAAAAGCGCACUGAUUUUGC